AUGGCUAAAAUAAGGCUGAGGUUGACUGAAAAUGAACUAUCUACCAAUGUCAUAACAAAUGGUAUGAAAGUAGAAGAACAAGAGAGAUUGCAAUAUGAUGACCCUGAACUGUGCCUGGGGGAGGCUGAAGGAUUUAAUUUUUCAGGAAUUGACGACAUAGAGGAAGAUGGUAAUUUGGACCUUAGAGAUGAUGCUGACUCUCAUCCAGAGGUUGCAGAACUUUGGAUGCUGUCAUGGGAGGCAUCUGAUGUCAUCAUGGCAUUAUGGCAAGAAGAACUAGAGCUUCAAAAGGGUCAAGCAAAUGACAGCUUGGAAAAAUGGUCCAUCAUCAGGGUACUAGAUUGA